UCCUCUGUCUUUUUACAUUUGAUGGUUCACAUGUGCUCCCUCCUCCUGCCGUCAAACAGCUGUCAUCUCUGCUCUCUAUCUCUUUUCAUCACUCACUUCUCUCCUCAUCUGACUCUCUGAUAAAAACAACUCUGCUGGCCACAUCUCACUCCUCUCCUCUCCAGGGCAUAGAUAGUCAAGCAAAGACUAUGGUUCUGCUCUGAGACAUGCAUGUGGAUGUUUUGUGGCUUGUGAACCCAGGAGAAACUCAGCAUGAAGACAAUCUAUCCCUCCUGUCUGCAGUUCAAGGGCUUGAGAUCAGAAGGCCGGGACUGAUGGCGUGCCAGUCCAGAAGGAUGGGGAGCAGCAUGGACGUUCAGAAUUUUCAUGGGAAGGAAUCAAUCUGUCUAUGGAAGACACCACGUCGAUCCUGCCUCGGCUCAAAAGGAACUCAAACGCCUACGGCAUCGGGGCUCUGGCUAAGUCUUCACUGUCAGGUGUGUCAGGAGUGACCCGCACCAUGAAGGAGAGAGUGACCAAGCCCACAGCCAUGGCCCAGGGUCGUGUCGCUCACAUGAUUGAAUGGCAAAACUGGGGCAUGCAGACGGUGGGCGCAGGGGGCAUCCCCCAGUCCCGCAUCACAACCCAGGAGCGGGAAAAGGAGCGGCGGCUGGAGAACGACGCCUACAGCGACCUCAGUGAUGGGGAGAAGGAGGCCCGUUUCGCUGCAGGUAUCCUGCAGCAGUUUGCGAUCUCGGAGGCGACACUCCUAGCCUGGUCAUCGAUGGAUGGAGAGAGCCCGCGAUCGGGCUCUAAUCAGGGCAGCGUGGCUCAUCUGAGCGAGGUCAACCAGGAAAGCAUCACCAGUCGAGAUCAGAUAUUGCAUCACUCCUCAGCAGAGGUGUGGCCUCACACGUACGUCUCCCAGGGCCACUACUGCCUCUCCUCCUCUGAUGCCUGGGAGCCGAUCAACAACGACCCCUCCGGCGUGGCGUCUCCCCCUGCUGGCUCUUACGUUAUGGGGACUGAUGGGUAUGAUGGGCAGGCGGCAGCUCACUUCCUGUCGCAGCAGCAGCAGCAGCAGUUCACCCUCCAGCAGCAGAGUCAACUACAACAGCUGCAGCAGAUCCAACAGAUCCAGCACUACCAGCAACAGCAGCUUCUGCAGUAUCAACAACAACAGUCGCUGGAGCACAGGCUGCACAGUGCCAACCACUCUUUGCAAGCGACGCCCAACAGCACCAUCCACAGCCUGGUUCAUCCCGCUCACCCGCCACUGGUCGAUCUGUGGAACACGGGGCAGAUGGAGGCCUAUCAGACGGAGGCCGGAGGCUACAUGGGCGUGUCGGCGGUGGUGGAGCCGAGCCUCUGCGUUCCCUCUGGAGACGAGAUGGUGGGAACAGAACACUCCCCUCUACUGGAGCAGCAGGAGGAGGAGGAGGUCAAGGAGGAAGAGGUGACACUGUGCAUGGAGCCAGAGCCGGCCACGUUGACUCCACCCACGCAACAAGGUGAUGCCUCCGGUGGCAGUAGUCCGGGGCAACCGCCGGCUGAGCCAAUCACGGAGCGGAAGGCCUCCGAUGUCACCGCUGGCCUCGUUCAGACGCUAGAGGAGAGGGACGAAGAGGGGCCAGGCACCUCCGUGGCAACCAACUGAGCUCCUGGCUGUCAAAAGACUCCUUCUUACAAACUGAGCGGAGAAUCAGCGAGGAAUGAGCAUAAUAAUUCAAUAUAUAUCUAUUAAUCUGUUCCUUUUCAGGUAUCAAAAACAAGACUCUUUGGUGGCGCGAUGAAUUCUUUAAUAGGAUGAGAACCAGAUUUGGAAGUGGACUCACACCGAGACAGAGGCUGAUGCAGCAAAGGACACCUAUUUCUUUGCAAGCCUUACAUCCCAAAGGUAACUGAGGAGAGGAGUGAGGACGGA